ACAUCGAUUUGACGAAUGUCCGUUGGAACUUGUUAAGAAGAUUGUUUAAAACUGCAUCAGUUUGCAGAAGAAACAUGCGCUAAAAAAAAUUAAAGUUACAAAAUAACCAUUAGUUAGAAAUUAAACAAAGCUUGAUUUUCCCAUGAAAUCAAAACAUGAUGGAUUAUGGUCUAGAACAGUAUUCACCGUGGUCCCCUCCACCUGAUCCGUAUCGGAAUAAUCAUUUUAUAUUUCCAGCAGCGUACGGAGAACCCGUUUAUGAAAGAUAUUAUGAACAGAAUUCAGAGUCAAGUGGAUGCAAUUUCUUCCGCAAUAUUGAACAAGCCACUAAUACAACAAUAUCAUGGCCUGCCAAACUCAAGAUUGGAGCAAAAUCUAAGAAAGAUCCUUACAUCAAGGUAGCUGGACUACCUGAAGACCGAUUAGCUGCCAAACAAAUGGUACUCUCUGUCAUGGACACGAAGUCAACACGAGUGACUUUAAAAAUGGAUGUCUCUUUCACGGAUCAUUCUCAUAUCAUUGGGAAAGGAGGCAACACAAUUAAGAAAGUUAUGAAAGACACACAGUGUCAUAUUCACUUUCCUGACUCGAACAGAACAAGUUCAGAAAAAAGCAAUCAGGUUUCAAUAGCUGGACCACCAUUUUGUGUUGAGUCAGCAAGAAGGCAAAUUAGGGAACUACUGCCAAUUGUUUUGAAAUUUGAAAUUCCAUCUGGUUCAACUGUUACGGUUCCUGACAGUUCCUCUCCUGUUAUCGCAAAUAUUGCACAAAGUUUUAACGUCACUAUAUCUUUUCAGCAGCAGUUACGUUCCUAUGGUUACAUCGGUUGUGUUAAAGGCUUACAUUCUGAUCCAUUUUCAGUACGAGAUGCUGUGUUGAAAGUGUUAGAGCAUUUGACUGGAACAGUGCCGGUAACUGUUCACGUCACGACUCAAAUGGAAGUUGACCCAAAACAUCAUGUGUUUAUAUUUGGUCGAAAUGGAUGCAAUGUGAAGAAAAUUACACAGAGCACUGGCGCAAGUAUUCAUUUUCCUGAUCCGAAUGAUCCAAAUAUGCGUAAGAGUACUGUCACAAUAACAGGCUCCAUUGAAGCUGCUGUUACUGCGAAAGUAUAUUUAUUGCAAUUCCUACCACUUAUAUUAAUGUUUGACAUAAGAGAUGGUGAGAACGAACAUUUUUUCGAACAAGGUGUUUUGAAACAAAUAAAUGACAACUUCGAUGUCCAAGUUAACGUGAAGCCAAAGCCGAAACAGUUUUGCAAAUCCAUUAUUGUGAAAAGCCACGAGAAAAAUGCUUUAAACAUUUACAAAACUCGUCUACAUCUUAUUGGUGAAGAUCCAUCAAAUAUGCCGUUUCUUCUUGCACCACUUGCUACCUUGGUCAUCCCACCCGACCCAAAUACAACUUUAAACUUAUACAACAACACAUUACCUCAGCAAUCUCAAAUGGGUGGCCAAUCAUCGUUACCAAACCAAGGAAGCCCACUGCUUAGCCCACCUGUGCAAUCAUCAAGUCCACUUGUUAAUCAGUCUGUAGAUAAUCCAACUCAGAAUAAACUGGACAACAGAUACUUAAAUAUGAGUCCUGUUGGCCAGAGAAUUAUUGGUAGUGAAAUGAAAAUGAUGAAGAGAUUAAGUAUUGAUGGAUUGAUGGGUAAUGGUUCAGACGCUCAAACAACUGGUGAAAGUAUGGAAACUGAGAAACGAAAACUAUCAUCAGACGGCUUGUCAAGUUCAAGAAGUGCGGAAUCAAUUCUUGAUGCACUGAUGGCUAAAAACACAAACCCUGUUGUCAAUAAGGAAAUUGAUUCACUAGCUUUAAGUGGUUCAUGGAAUCGUAAAAGUCUGAACAAGCCUUCUUUGAAACCUCCUGCACCUGUUGAUUCUGGUCCAUCUCGCUCACAAGAUGAAUUGAACGAGAGCUCAAACUUGUCACUAACUAACCUAAUGAAUAAUCUCGCUCUCCAAAGAAAUCCUAAGGCUGAGGAUUAUGAACUACGCAAAAAAAUGGCUAAAAAUGCAAUGCAUAGUCAAGUUCAGUAUGGUAAAAUUCGAACACCAACAGAUGCAUGGGCUGGGUUAGGAUUUUCAAACUCAAUGCCAGAAGCUGUAAUCACAGAAUUGUUGAACAGAGAAAAGAAUGCUAACCAGUUGCGUCUGAAUGGAAUGCGAAACAUAUUGCAACCUUCCCCAACAACUUCAUUGGAUUCAUCUGUAUCAUCAAACGGUUCGUCCACAUCAGCUCAUUCCCAUGGCAUGGGUCAUCAGUCGCCGUCGGCUUCCAAACCUUUGCGUAGACCUCCCCCAGGUCUUGAAGAUAGUCACCCAUCCAUUGAUAAUUCGUUGUUGCUAAACAACAAUUAUGAUUAUGGAUCGAUGCUUUCUCCUCCCGACCAUCAUAUGAGUCACAACGCAUAUGCAAACGUGAAAUGCAUGUCUGAUUUGUUUGCUAUGCUUGGUUUGGAACAAUACAUUGACGCAUUUGAUAAAGAAGAGGUUGACUUGUCGACGUUUAUGUCACUCACUGACGAAGAUUUAAAAGAACUCGGCGUUUCAACAUUUGGUGCUCGUAAAAAGAUGGCAAACGCUAUGAAGGAAUUACAAGCUGUCCAUAAUCACCAAACAUUAGGCCUCACGACUGGUCUGCCAUCUCCCUUGCAAAACUCAAUGACGUCUUUAUUUCCACCUCGACCGAUUCAUAAUUUCGAUAUUGCUGCACACAGUUUGCGUUGGUGAGGCCACGUGUCGCUUCAAUGCUGGGAUGUGAACCAUCAAAUUGGGUUAUAAUGGUGUUCGGAAAUACUUGCUAAAUACAAAUUCAUAUAAAAAUGUGGAAUUUUUUGCUGACGCGGCUGUUUUGAAACAUGCUUUGUCCGCUUCGGUAGUUGAGAAAUCUUUCUUCCGCCUUUUAUAAAAUAUAGAAAGAAUGUUAUUUUCACUGACGGAUUGGUUGUGGGCACACGCACAUAGAUAAAAAGAGAAGAAUUAUUUAUAAUACUGUGAACGCACAUGCACUUCUACCUAAAUGGCAAUUUGACGAUUUAUUGCUACCAUUUUAAUGGCGAGUUUUUUAAGCAAUGCAAUAUUAUCCAUUUUUCCUUUGCACUUAUUUUUUUUUACUUUUUGUAAUUUUGGCUCCUUUUAAACAACGACCAGGAUUGAAAUCUCUUUAGCAAAAAAUUAUCGCCAUGUUAAUUUCAUUCAUGUUUCCAUGGAAACGUGUUUACGACCAAACUAGACAUCAAGAGUACACAAGUAGUUUUUUUGGCUUAUUUUUUAUUCAAUUUUUUAUUGUUGUAUAAUAAGUUUUUUGUUUACAUCGGCGCAGUCAGUUCUCCUCCACUGUGUUGUAUAAUAAUGAGGAAAAAAUAUGUAGUUACAUUUUUUGUUACUUAAUUUUUAAAAAACAAUUUUUUACGUAGCAAGUGUUUGGCUUGUUAUUUCAGUGGAUGUAAAAUCUGGACUUGUUUUGACGGACAUCAACUGCUCUGUAAUGCGAAAUUUUAGUCCCGUAAAAAUAUUGCUGGUCAAAUAGACAGAAUCUGCUAGAGGUACCAAUUAUGAUGACGUCAUCACAAGUAACAGUUUUUCACUGGCGCUUAUUAACGUAUACCAAUUUAGUUUCCAAUCCUUCUUGUCUUAACUACGGCAAAGAAGCACUGGAAACUAGGAGUAGAAACAAUAGCUUUAAGACAUAACUCAAACUUUAUAACAGUCGCGGAUGGUAAAGCCAUCGGUCUUCUUGUAAUUUGAAAGUUUGAGUUAUAAAUUUGAUAACUUAUAAUGUCACGUGACUUCAUUUAGUAAAUGGAAUUGGUUAUAAUGACAACUCUCCUCUGUAGAGUGUAUUUGUCCUGUCCUGUGUUAUGUUUUUUUUUUCUUUCGAACUUUUCCCCGAAAAAAGUUUUAUAGAUAUUUUCGCUUCGGGAAGGAGAACUCUCCUCCACAGAAUCUCUUGUCAUGUGUUUUAUUCUAUUAUUUCUCUAACCUGAUUUUCAUCUGACUUUUAUGCUCCGUGUAGGAGAGUCGUCUUUAGGUGUCAUUUUUGUGGUUAAUUUUUUUUAUAUUACUUUAUGGAAUUAUUUGCAUUUCUUGCUAGAUGAUGGAUAUCACCCAACUUAGUACCCAGAUCUUUAACAAUGACAAUUAGGAAUAAUCUUUACUGUGGAGAAAUCCUGUGAAGAAUCAAAAUGAUUGAUUUUUGAUUUCUUUGACGAUAAAAAAAAAAUAUAAACGAAACUAAAUAAGUGGAAGUAAAUUAAAUUUACAAGCUUUUCCAAAUUCCUCUUCUUUUUUUUCUUCCAAACAAAACAGUUUUGCAAACAAGCGCUUUGACUACCUCGUUCAUUUCAGUCGUUUUUACAACCGAAGCCUGCGGUUUGUACCCGUGUUUAUAAAUAAACAUCAUGUCAUUUUUUUUCUUUCCAGCUAAAAAUGGAAGUCCAUAUUAGAACAACGGGUCUAAUUAAUCAUCUUCCAACCUCGUCACCAGUACUUUUAUAUUUCCAUGUCUUUAGAAACAGAUCGAUCAUGAAUUUGUUUAAAGGUUAUUCGAAUAAAAGGUCCUGGGUACGAGGUUGUUAUGUUAAUUUUUUACUUUAUUUGUAUAGUUGAACGCAUUGAUGAAUUUACUGGUUAACAAUUUCGUUUAAAAUAAAUGAAUGAUGAACGAAA